AUGGCACAAGGCCCGCUCUCGAUAGGUUCAAUGCCUCCGAGCGAGGCAUUCGAUUCAGCAAGACAUCGACAGGAGAAGGCUCAUUUGAUGAAACGAAUGGAUCGCAAGAAUGGCAAAUGGGGAACGAGUCACCCUCGCUAUCGGCUACUAGAAGCACUGUUUGGUUUUAACAAUUAUACCGAGCGCAACAUGGUCGAGCUGGGCAGGUGGCGCAGCUUGUACAAUAAUGUAGGAAAGAAGCAGAAAAGGAUUCUAGAAAGAAGAGUCGAGUACAGAAAGAAGCUCGAUGAUAUCGAAGAACUGAUUCACACAAAUGGGGCUAUUUGCAAAAGCAUAGUCGCGAGUGCUAUGCAAUUCUACAGGAUCGAUCAGCAGGAGCUAGAUGAUCACAUGAAACAGGCAUCGCAGGACGGCCGACUAGCUGACAAGAUGAGCGUCACACAAACACUGAAGCACUUCGUCAGAGAUUGGGCAGAUGAGGGAGUCAAAGAAAGAAAUGAAGCGUUCCCAUGUAUCCUAAGCACACUAGACAUGCUGAAGGUGGAGUUAUCCGAAGGCAAGCCGCUCAAGGUCCUCCUUCCCGGAUCAGGGCUCGGUCGUUUAGGGCAUGAAGUCGCGAACCUGGGAGGAUUUGAGGUGACGGUGAACGAAUGGUCGAUGUACAUGAACAUCGGCUACCGGCACAUGGAAACAUACAGAAACCGGAAGUUUUUCGCUAUACACCCCUUCAUCGACGGCAUGUCGCACCACGCUACGACAGAUGAUAUGCUUCGCGAAAUCACAGCACCUAAUGCGCCUCUAAACCCAGGCGUUUUGCUUGUUGAGGGGGACUUCAACACAGCAUUCAAUGGCCAAGAAGGCCACUACGAUAUCAUCGUCACCCACUUCUUCAUCGACACGGCACGCAAUCUCAUGGCAUAUUUGGACACCAUCCAUCGCUUGCUGAGGCGCGGUGGUAGAUGGGUCAACUUCGGACCCCUGCUGUACGGUACGGGACCAUUUGUCCAGCUGAGUCUGGAUGAAAUUAUCGCUGUAGUGGACGAAAUGGGAUUCGAAUUCGAAGACUUGGCUGAUGAAUGUGGAAGCCUAACGUUUCCAGAGAAAAAGGUCAGGAGCAAAGAGGCGGGGUAUGGGUUCAACAAGAGGGCUUUGACGAGGAAUGCGUAUUUAGCGCAGGUUUGGGUGGCCAAGAAGAAUUAA